AUAUUUAUCUCGCGCUGCAUUUUUUUUGUUAUUAAUAUUGAUUACAUUUUAAUGUUCAUUUUUGUGCGUUACAUGAUGUUCCUUUAGAUUCAGUUUUCACCACCAUGGGUAGCAUCACAAGAUUUUUAUGCAUGCAUGGUUCAUCCUCCUCUAGUCUCUCGUUCUUGGUCGAAAUUAUUUGUUUUAAUUCAAUGGUUCAUAUUAAUAGUAUUUCUGUUAUAAGUAGUACUCCAAUGCGAGCAUGGCGACCGUCAGUCUGUCAAUUUUCCCCAAUUUUAAUGUAUACCCUACUGCUGCAAGAGCCAAUAGGCACAGGCACAACCACUAGUAACCCACCAUUUUCUCGCACCUUUGUUUCUGUUUUUCUCUGAUUCAUCGUUUUGCUUGAUGAAUCUGUAUCUUUUUAUGUUUUUCUCUGAUUUCUCUGGUUUGUAGGUUCUUUUUAUUACUACGGUUUACAUGUUAAUGUUAAGUUUGUUACAAUAUGCCCCUGCAGAUGCAGUUUGCACACCACCCUAGAUAUGCAUGCAAGAACACUCGUGAACGAGGAGAAGAGGCGAGAGAAGCUGACUGCCGGCGACGCCGCUCGCCCGCGCCACGACACCCUCCGCCGCCGCCCCCUCCCUGGACGAGGGGAGAGAAGCCGACUGCUGGCGCCGCCCGACGACACCGCCCGCCCGCGCCACAACACCCUUCGCCGCCUCGCCUCCCGGGACGAGGGGAGAGAAGCCGACUGCCGACGACGCCGCGGCACCCUCCGCCGCGCCUCCUCCUGCCGGCGCUCGGGUUGUCGACGUCGAGGGUGAGGUAGAAGGUGGCGUUGACGGUGGCGCCGCCGCCGCCGGAGCCGGCGCCGGGAGGUAGGGGACUUGGGGGUUUGAGGGAGGGAUAGAGGCGCAGGGACGGCUUGAUGUGGAGGAUGUUGAGGCUGGCUUGUUUCCGGCGCCCACAAUGGCUGCUCCAUCAGUUGAUGGCCACAGUAGAAGGCCUGGACCUGAUCCAGUUUGCUGCUAUUGGUCUGCAGAACCGAAUUUCUUGUGGAGUGAUUCUUCCCCCUCGUGGAUAUUCACAAUGUGUUGAUCUUGCAGGUCUGCAGAACCGAAUUUCUUUGCCUUGCAGCCAUCUGCUCUCAAUGAAAUCUUGGAUAAGUUGCACAGACAUUAAGGUUACAGCUGUUAGGGGGGAUUUCUUGCAGAAAUAUAAGAAAUUUGGGUGUUCUGUUAGGCAUUAUAGUACAAACCAGGAAUGUUUUCAGCAGGAUGAAAAUCAAUCAAGGAUGGUGGCCCAUUUGAUUUCAGAUUUAUCUGUGGGUACUGGGGAUAAAGAUGAGCUAUUAAGUAAAAUUGAUAUCUUGUUGGUUUAAAUGAAUAACACACUGAAUCGCUUAGAGCUCAAAGAAGAGUUUGAAAAGGAUGUUAGACCGUAUCUUGCUAGUAAAUUGCUAUUGCUCCAUGGCCCUAUUGAAGGAACUAGUCUAGCAUACUUUGAUUAUUUGGCUCACGUGACAUUGAAACAUGCUCCUGUUUAUGUUAGCUCUCUUGAUCUCACCAUAAGAAAGAGGAUAUUAUACUUUGAUUAUUUGGCUCACGUGACAUUGAAACAUGCUCCUGUUUAUGUUAGCUCUCUUGAUCUCACCAUAAGAAAGAGGAUAUUUUCUGCUGUUGUGUGGGAAAAAUUACUAAAGCAUGUCGUGGACAGUAAUAUAUUUGUUUGCAUUGAUUGGUAUGAGAGUUACGGCAAUAUUCAAUCUUUGUAUCAUCAUGGCGUAAGCGUUCCAUAUGAGGAGGAUUCGUUUUUUAGAGGAGAAAGUGACGCUAGUUUCAAUGAAAGCUAUGGCAUAGCUAAGUUGGCCUUUGGGAUAAUGAAAGAUUGGAAACUACUCUUCAUUGACAUUGUGGAGAAUGUUAAAUGUACUGACAUCAACUCUGCUGAGGCAUAUGCAAUGCUAGCUCUAUUAACCAAAUGUCAUGAGCUUAACUUAAGAACAGGAGCUGUAUGGACAGACAACAGAAUUAUAUUUGGUGUUAUGAGUGGUGAGUACACUGUGUCAGCGGGUGAUCCAAAUCAGCAGCUGUUCUCUUUGCUAAGGUUCUUCAUGAGUAAAUUUGACGUAAUCAUACCGUUUUGGAUGCCUAGAGAGGGUCUUUUUUUUCCUGAUGGACUUAUCAAGGCUCUUGAAAGAAAACAGCAUGCAUGUCCUCCUCCCAUUAGCAUCAGUGAAGUUGCCAAGAAAAGUGUGUUUAACUCACUCCGUGCUUGUUCAAGCUACUUUAUUGGAGUACCCUUGUUUAGGAUUUCAAAUACAAGAGAGAUGUCUUCAAAUCUCGCUGAUUCUUGCUCUAAAUUGAGACAAAACGUAAACAAGAAUGUUGAAGAGCUAGAUUCAAAUCUCACUGAUUCUCGCUCUAAAUUGAGACAAAACGUAAACAAGAAUGUUGAAGAGCUAGAUCAUUCAUGGGCAGCAAAGGUCUUCUAUCACUGUGUCCAAAGUGAAGAAGAAAAAAUGCAAUUUAUUGAUGAGAUAUUGGAAGCUCUUGACCCAAAGUUUGUUAUCAUGAUUAUGGGCUCAUCGGACGGUAAACCUGUUGAUGUUCAGAAAAGGGUAGCUAGUCUAUAUGACAGAUGUGGAUAUAACACAGAAACAGUUGAUGGCUGCUAUAAAUGUUAUCUUAAUGUUGGUGGCAGCCCUUGUGGCAUAGAGAAGAAUCUAGUUUUAGUUUUUGAUGCUAGUCUUCUUGAAAAAUAUUAUAUGCACCAUCAGGCUGACAGCUGUAUUAUCAUUCUACCGCUGCCUCAUGAGCUUCAAACAUUGAAGAAGAGAGGUGUGAUUGAAAUCAGUGGAGAAACAUUUGUCUGUUUUCAUGGAGCAACGUUUGAUAAGACGAAAAUGAAGUUCCAGAAGAAGUGAAGGAGGUGAAGGGGAAAAAUCAGACUGAUCGUCAGGGGACCUUUUUGUGCAAGGAACACUGGGGUUAAACUUUUGUUGUCCUCCCUUCUGAUUUAAUACCGAUCUCAAUUAGAACUACUCUGCCUUCUAGUGACACUAGACUGUAGUAUCUGCUUGUGUGAUGGGCUCAUGAUUAUCUUUGCGGACAACUCUGGUAACAUUAGACUGUAAUGCAUCCUCAUAUUUUAUGCCCUGAAGGAUUGGGGAAUUUCAAGUAUCUGUUUUGUGAUUUGCAAAUUAGGAUUGUCCCAUGUUCUGAGACUGCCUUCAAUUUGUCUUGCUUUUACCAGUUGCAUUUAUCAUUUUAUACCACAUUAAAAGAGCUUCCAAAUAUCUUUGUUCUAUGGAAGCAUUCGCAAUAACAUUUUGUAUUGCUGUAGCUAUAAUACAGGUUGUUUGGCCCUUCAAUCUCCCACAUAGAAUUUGUUCUCUUUGGAAAUUAUCAGUACCAUCAGUAUCAGGGAUCGUAGUGACUGGAGAGAAAGGCAAACCAUUAUCAUUAGUUUACAAGUAUCAGGGAUCGUCGUGACUGGAGAGAAAAGCAAACCAUUAACAUCAGCUUACGAGAUAUUGUACAGAAACUGUGUACACAUCCCCAAGCUGGUCAAUUUUCAUCUGAAAGGCAAAGGUUUUGUGAGACCCUGACCAUUGCUACUGUGUGAUUCUCAAUGCACAUGAUGGGGCAUCAUUUAUUGAAGACACCAUGUCAAGAAGG